CGGGCUGCGUGAGGUGGCGGCGCGACGGAUCCGGGCCUGGUGAGGCCUGGCUGCUCUGAAGAGCCCGGAGAGCCGGAGGCCCAGUAACGGCGCAGUGAUGCCGUCAGAGCGGGGCGUCUGGGCCGGGCUGAGCGGCCUGCAGAAGGUGGCGGUGCUGCUGGGCCUCCCCGCCGGGGCCACUGUUCUCUACAUCGUGUACCGGCGAUACCGGGAGGGCCGAGAGCUGCACGUACCCGCCAUUGGAGCGGAGGAACUGCGGGCGGAGCUGCGCGUCCCGCGGGCGGCGGUGAGAGCCAUCAUCGGCCGGAAAGGAAGCACCAUCCGAAGGCUGCAGCAGGAGACGGGGGCCCGCAUGGAGCUGGAGGGGGAAGGUGACAGUGAGGAGAGGCUGCUGCUGAUCUGGGGUUCCCCCAGCCAAGUGUGCAGAGCCAAAGCUGCCGCGCACCAGAUUGUGGUGGAGAGCACGCCGGUGUUGGAGCAGCUCCACGUGCCGCAGAAAGCUGUCGGGAGGAUCAUCGGCCACGGCGGUGAGACGGUGCGCAGCAUCUGCCGCAGCUCCGGAGCCCAGGUGCAGUGCCAGCACCAGGCCGAGGCCAUGCUGGCUCCGACACGGCUCAUCCAGAUCUCGGGGACGCAGCAGGAGGUGGAUGCAGCCAAGAAACUCAUCAUGGAGAAGCUGGUGGAGGACACAGUGUUCCGCCAGGAGCUGGCUCAGACCAUGGUGCUGCGGAGCCACCGCAAGGAGCUCCUGGGCAGCCGUAGGGAAGCGUUGCUGCAGCCCAGCAGGGAACACGGUGCUGGGAAUGGGGGCUCUCUGCCAGGGGGGGCAGCCAUGGAGCUGCUGUGGGAUAAGAGUGAGGCAGCGGAAAAGCUGGCAGCGGUGCCAAAAUUUGAAGUCCCCAGUCCCGAUUUUAGCUUCCACGCAGAUGAGCACCUGGAGGUCUAUGUCUCAGCCGCCGAAAACCCCAACCAUUUCUGGAUCCAGAUCAUUGGCGAGCGCAGCCUGCAGCUGGACAAGCUGAUUUCUGAGAUGACGCAGCACUACGAGGGCAGCAACUGCGUGGCAGAGCUGGCAGCCGUGCAGGCAGGGGACAUCGUGGCUGCUCCGUAUGCAGACAGCAGCAAUUGGUACCGGGCCCAGGUGCUGGGCAUGCUGGAGAACGGCAACUUGGACCUCUACUAUGUGGAUUUUGGGGACAAUGGGGAGGUGCCCCGCGAGGCUCUGCGAGCGCUGCGGAGCGAUUUCCUGAGCCUGCCGUUCCAGGCCAUUGAGUGCAGCCUGGCUGGGAUCGUGCCUGUGGGGGAGCAGUGGGAUGAGGCAGCGCUGGAUGCUUUUGAGCGCCUCACCUGCUGCGCCCAAUGGAAGCCACUGGUGGCCAAAAUCUCCAGCUACACCCAGGCCGGGCUGUGCACAUGGCCACGCAUCACACUGUUUGACGUCCGUCAUGGCGAGAGCCUUGACAUUGGGGCCGAGCUGGUGCGGCUGGGCCAUGCUGCCCUGCAGCCCCACGAGGAGGAGGAGGCAGGGGGUGGAUUCCCACUGCCAGCGACAGAGGCUGCAGUGGAGACACCGCCCCGUAUGCAGGAAGACAUGGUGUGCACCUCCCUUGAGAGCCUCCUGUCUGAGCUGCCACCGAGCCCCAGCGCCACACCGCUGACCCUCUCCUGCAUCAGCCUGCUGGAUGAGAGCCCCGAGCGGCUCCGGGGCAAUGCAGAGCCCCCAGCCCCGGGGCUGCUGCUUGGCCCUUCCACUUCCUCACAACCUCAGAGGGACGACAGCGAGGCCCAGCCCAGCCCCGGCUCCUGGUGCCCCACAGUCCUCGGGGGCCCUGGAGCUCACCACUCUGUGACCCCUGAAGUGCCACGUCCAAUCGCCUGGAGUGGAGCCCUUUCCACCAGCAGCCACCCAUCCUCUGAUGGGAACUCUGGUUCUGUCUUCUGCACCGACUCUGUGCGCUACACCAACUGUGUCUUCUCCAGUAGUGCCCAGCCUGGGGUCAGCCCCUUCCCCGGCCCCGUUCCCAUCUGCUCUGGCGGUGAGGAGGAGGAGGGCAGAACCCCACAAGGCAGUGACCGGCAGCAGUGACAGCGCAGUGCCAGAGUGGAGCUCCCUGUGAUGCUCUGACCUCGGUGAGCCGCACCGUCCUCUCUGUAGAGCUUCCUCCCUGCUCCUGGGGCUGGAAAUGGGACAGUUGGGGCACAGAAGGGGGGAAUGUCGCUCCCCGAGCCCAACCCUGCCUCCAGAGGGGGAUGACCCUUUGUGAAGGGACGCUGCCCAGUGCCACCACACAGACGUGAUCCCAAAGCUUCGGGGACAGGGGCUGAUGGUGUGCACAGACCCCACAGAGCUGUUUCUACCCUUGCUGGCCGCAGUGUUGGAUGCACUUCGAGAAGCUAAGUGCCUGCCCCGUGUCACAGCACUCCCUGCAUUGACAGCGCUGGUUUCACCACCGCUUUCAUCUGCACACUGACUUUGGUUUCCAGC